AUGCCCCGAAAUGGUCCAGGUAACAGUACUUCAAUUUCUACCUUAAGGACUUCCUGUCUGUUGGGUUGUGCAGUGAUGCAAGAUAACCUAGACUGCCUUGUUCAAGCUCAGUCCAUCUCUUGCCUUCAGCAGCUUCAUAUGUUUGCUCCACGACAUGUCAACUUGUCUGGCCUUGUUAGCUGCCUCUGUGUGAAUCUUUGUAGCCCCUACUUGUUACUAAGAAGAGCAGUAUUGGCUUGUUUGCGUCAACUUGUACAGAGAGAAGCAGCUGAAGUUUCAGAACAUGCUGUUAUGCUUGCUAAGGAUCGCAGAGAGGAAUUGACUCCAGAUGUUAACAUCAGAGAAGUUGGCCUUGAAGGGGCAUUAUUGACCCUACUAGACAAAGAAACAGAUCAUAUACUAUGCCAUGAUAUCAAAGAGACUUUAAAUCAUAUGCUCACAUCUAUGGCAGUGGAAAAACUCUCCCUUUGGUUAAAGCUUUGUAAAGAUGUACUUGCUGCAUCAGCUGAUUUUACAACUGUAGCUUGUGUGGAUACGAUGCAAGAGGAAGAAGGAGAUAAAGGGGAUGAUGCCUCAGUCCUGACAACCAGAAAUGAUGAAAAAUUCCAUCCUUUUACCAACCCCCGGUGGGCGACUAGAGUCUUUGCUGCCGAGUGUGUCUGUAGGAUAAUUAACCAGUGUGAGAAUGCGAACAUCGCACAUUUUGACAUUGCUUUAGCACAAGAAAUGAAAAAAAGGGAUUCAAGAAAUGACUUCUUGGUGCUGCAUCUUGCUGACUUAAUUCGUAUGGCUUUUAUGGCUGCCACAGAUCAUAGUAACAAGCUCCGUCUUUCUGGCCUCGAAACACUGUUGGUUGUUAUUCGGCGAUUUGCAACUAUUCCAGAACCAGAGUUUCCAGGUCAUGUGAUUCUGGAACAGUAUCAAGCCAAUGUAGGAGCAGCACUUAGACCAGCCUUCACUUCAGAAACGCCACCUGAUAUCACUGCUAAAGCAUGUCAGGUUUGCAGUGCCUGGAUAGCAAGUGGAGUUGUAAGUGACCUUAAUGAUCUCCGAAGAGUUCAUCAGUUGCUUGUUUCGUCAUUAACAAAAAUACAGGCUGGAAAAGAAGCUUUAAGUCACUUAUAUAAUGAAAGUGCUUCUACCAUGGAGAUCUUAGCUGUGCUUAAAGCCUGGGCAGAGGUCUACAUAAUUGCUGUACAAAGACAUAAAAAUUAUAAACAACCUUUGAAGACUGCCACCUGUGUUGAAGAAAGUAUCAGAAAUGAAUCAUAUUCGUCAGAUGGAUUGCUUGACUUGGUUUACACAGAUCUUGGCACACUAAGUAGACUCUGGCUUGCUGCACUUCAGGAUUUUGCUCUCUUAACUUUGCCCUCAGAAUUUGCCUCCCAACUUCCUGCUGAAGGUGGUGCUUUCUAUACAGCAGAGACCAGUGAAAAUGCAAAAUUGCACUAUUGCAGCUCCUGGGCGCUUAUUCUCCAUGCUGCAGCAUUGUGGCUCACAAGCACAGGCUUUGUUGUUGCUGACCCAGAUGAAGGAGCAUCUAAUCUCUCAAGGCCUGUUACACCAACUUCCAUGUGUCAGGGAUCUUCAUCUGGGGCUACAGUAAAGUCCCCUGAGGAUGUCUGCACUGAUAGGUUCCAUCUUAUUUUAGGAAUCAGCGUGGAAUUUCUAUGUUCCUUACGCUCAGAUGCAUCCAUGGAAAGCAUUACUGCUUGUUUACAUGCAUUGCAGGCACUUCUAGAUGUUCCUUGGCCCAGAUCCAAAAUUGGCAGUGAUCAGGACUUGGGCAUAGAGUUAUUGAAUGUGUUACAUCGAGUAAUUCUGACCAGAGAAUCACCUUCCAUUCAAUUGGCUUCACUUGAAGUGGUAAGGCAGAUUAUCUGUGCUGCUCAAGAACACGUGAAGGAGAAAAGGCGAAGUGCAGAAGUUGAUGAUGGGGCUGCUGAAAAGGAAACCUUGCCAGAGUUUGGAGAGGGAAAGGACACAGGAGGACUUGUUCCUGGGAAGUCUUUGGUCUUUGCAACACUGGAAUUAUGUGUAUGCAUUCUAGUUAGACAACUCCCAGAACUAAAUCCUAAACUGACAGGUAGCUCCGUAGUAAAAGCUACAAAACCACAGAUGCUAUCAGAAGAUGGAAGUCAGUUGGUUUCAGCUGCAUUGGUUAUCCUCUCUGAACUUCCUGCAGUGUGCUCUCCUGAAGGAAGCAUCUCAAUUCUCCCUACUAUAUUGUACCUCACAAUUGGGGUUCUCAGAGAGACUGCUGUGAAGUUACCUGGGGGCCAGUUAUCUUCAACAGUCGCAGCCUCCCUACAGGCUCUAAAAGGAAUACUGUCGUCUCCCAUGGCCCGAGCCGAAAAGAGCCAUACUGCUUGGACUGACCUUCUCCAGAGUGCUUUAACAACAAUUCUUGACUGUUGGAACCCAGUUGAUGGAAAACAUCAAGAACUUGAUGAAGUCAGUCUGCUUACUGCUAUCACGAUAUUUAUUUUAUCUACCAGUCCGGAAGUAACUACCAUCCCAUGCCUUCAAAAGCGCUGUAUUGAUAAAUUUAAAGUUGCUCUUCAGAUAAAAGAUCCCAUGGUACAAAUCAAGACCUAUCAACUCCUACAUUCCAUUUUUCAGUAUCCGAAUCCAGUUGUUUCCUACCCAUACAUUUACUCUUUAGCAUCCUCUCUUGUGGAAAAACUGCAGGAAAUAGACAAGAGAAAACCUGAAAACACUACUGAGCUUCAGAUCUUUCAAGAAGGCAUAAAAGUCUUGGAAGCACUGGUUACUGUCGCUGAAGAGCAGCAUCGUGCUCAGCUGGUGGCCUGCCUUUUGCCCAUCCUCAUUUCCUUCCUUUUGGAUGAAACUGCUCUGGGAUCAGCAACUUCCAUAAUGCGAAAUUUACAUGACUUUGCUUUGCAAAAUCUCAUGCAGAUUGGACCUCAGUAUUCCUCGGUUUUCAAAAGUUUGAUGGCUGCUUCUCCAGCCCUGAAAGCCCGCCUUGAGGCUGCUAUUAAGGGCAAUCAGGAAAGUGUCAGAGUCAAGAUACCAACAUCUAAACGUACUAAGAACCUUGGAAAGAAUUCAAGCAUCCAAUUGAAGACAAAUUUCCUCUGAUGUUAUUUUUUUGAAAUAGUAAGCACCUUAAUAUAAUACUUGAUCAGUUCC